AUGAACUGGUCAAGGGGAGAAGUGGUGGCCCGAGAAAGAGAGAAUGGACCCCCGGGGAAAGGGAAUAGCGUCCCCUGGGAAGUAGGAAACUGCCAGGGUGAAUUCCCUUCUGUGCCACAAGAGAACCAGGAGAAGGAGAUUGAUGACAUCAAACUUGAUGGGGACACAGCGCAUCCAAGUUUGUCUAUUGCUGCCAACAAGAAGAGUUUUAUGCAUAAAUCACAGGCCCAGAAAGUGACUCAAAAUGAAGGGCGUUUUGAUUCAUCUGUCUGUGUGCUGGGCUCAGAAGGUUUCUCCUCUGGGAAGCAUUACUGGGAGGUGGACAUUGAAAAAAACAAUGACUGGGACCUGGGAGUAGCCAGAAAAUCGGCUCCAAGGAAAGGAAUAAUAUCUCUGUCACCUAAAGAAGGAUUCUGGGCUCUGGGCUUCAGUUCCAAACGUUACUGGGCAAGAACUGAUCCAUGGGCACGGUUAGAGGUGCAGAAAAGUCCCAGGAAAGUUGGAGUUUACCUUAAUUGUGAAAAGAAAAGUUUGGCUUUUUUCAACGUUACUGACAUGUGCGUGAUGUUCACGUUUAAAGACUGUGCAUUCUCAGAAGAGGUUUAUCCGUUCUUUAAAAGCUCACAUGAAGAAUCAACUGUGAGAAUUUCUUCAGUCAAGGAAGACUAA